AUGUUCUUCAUGGACUUCUACGAGUCUUCGAACCCGCUAGAGCUGGAGCUGCCCGGUGUGCUGAACGACAUGUCGAGCAUAGAGAAGCUGGUCGUGGUACGAUGUCUGCGCAUGGACAAAGUGGUGCCAGCCAUCCGCAACUACGUCAGCGAGACGCUUGGCGAGUACUUUGUCGAGCCGCCGCUCUACGCGUUGGAGACGGUGGUGGACGAGCUCUCCUACGACCCUUCGGUGCCGAUUAUCCUCGUGCUCUCGCCCGGCGCAGACCCGAAUGCGGAGCUGGACCGUGUCGCAGAGCUGCGAGGCAUGGCGCAAAGCAAGCUGUUCAAGCUCUCGCGCGGCCAGGGCCAAGACGUGCCUGCCUGUGAGAUGAUGGAUACCGGGACGAAGGAAGGACAUUGGGUGUUUUUGCAAAACUGCCACCUCUACGCCGACUUCAUGCCGCGUCUGUCGCGCAUGAUCGAGGACUACAGCGAUGCGGCGGCCAAGGAGCGGCUGCACCGCAACUACCGCCUGUGGCUGACGUCGCUGCCCAGUGACGUUUUCCCGAUUGCCAUUUUGCAGAACGGCGUGAAACUGGUGCAGGAGCCGCCGAAAGGACUCAAGAGCAACCUGCUGCAGUCCUACCUGUCCGACCCGGUCGCGGAUGCGGAGUUCUUCAACGGCGCCGACACGCCCCAGGUGUGGCAGAAGCUUUUGUUUGGCCUCUGUUUCUUUCAUGCUGUUGUGCAGGAGCGGCGGCAGUACGGUCCCCUGGGGUGGAACCGGCCAUAUGAGUUCAACGACAUGGACCGCCGCAUCAGCGUGCGCCAGCUGCAGAUGCUGCUGAAUGAGAAUGAGCUGGUCCCGUACGAUGCGCUCCUCUACCUCAUUGGCGAAUGCAACUACGGCGGACGCGUCACGGACGACUGGGACCGUCGCUGCCUGAUGGCUACCCUGGAAGUCUACCUUACACCGAUGAUGCUGGAGGAUGACUACGUCUUCAGCGACGACGCGCUCGAGUACUUCUCGCCGCCGUACGGCGAAUACGAGAGCUACGUGACGUACAUCCAAAGCCUACCAGUGCAGCAGCCGCCCACCAUCUUCGGCCUACAUGAGAACGCCGACAUCACCAAAGACGAGCGCGAAGCGCGUUUCUUGCUCGACGCUACGCUGACGACGCAGCCUCGUGACGCCCCGGCGGCGUCCUCCUCGUCCACGUCCACUAGCACCAAGGAUGCUCAAAAGGACCCAAAGACAGCUGUGAAGGCCCUCGCGGCCGACGUGCUGCAGCGUCUGCCGCCCCUUUUUGACGUGGAGGCAAUCCAGGCGCGGUACCCCAUCGACUACUCCCAGUCUAUGAACACGGUGCUGUUGCAAGAGGCCAUCCGCUACAACCGCCUGCUUGCCGUGGUGCGCAAGUCCCUUGCAGAGGUGCAGGAUGCCAUCAGCGGCAAGGUGGUGAUGAGCAGCGAGCUGGAGCAGGUGUUUCUCAGCAUGUACGACGGCAAGGUACCACAGCUGUGGAAGAAACGUUCGUACCCCUCUCUCAAGCCGUUUGGCGCGUACGUGGCGGAUCUGAUUGCACGGCUGCAGUUCCUCCAGACGUGGUACGCGGAAGGCCCGCCGGCGAUGUUCUGGCUGAGCGGCUUCUUCUUCACGCAGUCCUUCUUGACAGGUGUGAUGCAGAACUACGCACGCAAGAACCACAUUGAGAUCGACAAACUGGUCUGGGACUUCACGGUGGAGACGGAGGCGGCGGAGACUUUCACCCAUGGGCCGGAGGACGGCUGCUACGUGAACGGGCUCUACUUGGAGGGUGCGGGCUGGGCUAACGGCGUGCUUACCGAGAGCAAACCCAAGGAGCUCUUCAUUUCGUUUCCUGUGAUGAAGCUGGUGCCCUUGGUGCCGGACAACGCGAUGCAGUGUCCUGUGUACGCCUGCCCAUGCUACAAGACAACCGACCGAAAAGGCGUGCUCUCCACGACGGGACACUCCACAAACUUCAUCCUCACCGUGAAUCUCCCACGGGAUCCGCAACAAUCGGAGAACCACUGGGUGCUGCGUGGCACUGCACUCUUCACCCAGUUGGAAUACUGA